AUGGCGUCGCACGAUUUCGACCGGAUUUCCCAUCAGCAGUCUAGUUCCGCUUCGCUCAUCCGAGAACACGCAAAGCAAGCGGAGGCCCAUUUGUCACGACACUCAGAACCAGAAUCAGAGUGGGAAAAAGGGCGGGCGGCGCCUAAGAAGAAAUCGAUCAAAACACACAGCAUUGGCCAGUUGAAGUGGGUUUGGUACAGAAAAGCUCGCCCUCUUUGGGAUUUACAGCAAUAUGAUAGUGCCUCGCGAGGAGUGGUUGGAUCACUAGGCCUCUUGUGGACGCAUCGAAAUGGAAGAAGAAUGAUACCAGUCCUAGGAGCAAUUCUCACGAUUAUUCUUACUCUGGUCGAUCCUUUCGGACAAGCAUUGGUCCAACUCGAGGACUGUACCGUAGUUGACCCUUCUGUCAGAAGCACAAUUGCGACAACGCAUCACGCCAAUCUAUUGGAUCCCGAUCCUUCGAACGUGCAUACUCUCAACGGCGGUGCUAUGGGCCCAAUGAUGAUAGGAAUGCUCAAUGAGAGUCUGAUCCCACCUGUAGCAUUCGAUUGCCCAACAGGAAACUGUACCUAUCCAAAGCCAUACCACUCUUCGGGCUACUGCUCAAAGUGUAAAGACGUCUCUGACCAAGUGGUGAAAACCAACGAAUCUACUUGGUAUUGGAAGGCCGCAAACAUUACUCUCUCAGUCAAUACGGGUUCACAGUACGUCAGCGGUAACUCGGGCGUCCUGAAAAUGGCGGCCGAGAAUAUAUUUUCAGUUUCUCCGGUUGCUUCAGUACAAAUCAUGGCGUCACAGCUCACACAAUGCAAAGACAACUCCACUACUCCAUGGCGUUGCAGGACCUACGGUGCUGCGGUGUGCGAAAUUAACCCUUGCGUUAUCAGCUACACUGGUCAAGUAGAGAUAGGCUCCCUCAAAGAGGAGAUUAUGGACACCUCCGAAGUCUGGUCCUCUGGUGAUGAGAACGACAAUAAGUAUAUGGGCUCUGUCGACGUGUCAUGCGUCAAUACGACUGAACGAAACGCUUUACAAGAUGCCGGGUUUCAUAUCGGCUCUGAUACUAAAUGGCUGGCUUACAACGUGUCUUACUACCGACAAAAUAAUUCCUACAUAGUUGUGAACGAUUCAAUCGUACGCCCGGAAUGUCUUUAUAUGAUUGACGAGCAACAGUUAGGCGCCAUGAGCGCACUGUUUUACAACGAUGCCUUCAUAAACACAGACGUGUCUACGAUGGUUACACCAGCCGGAUAUUUUCUCUACGGAGAAAUACAAUGGCAGGCCAUAUGGAAUCGAGGGGUACUGGAAUUUGCCGACGUUCAGCGAGCGUUUGACGGAUUGACCAGGGGUUUGACAACCUUUGCAAGAAGCAAUCCCAUCGACUCAAGCGAAGGUGGAAUAGGAGAUAGCUUCUGGAACGGAACAUCGUACCGAAACACGACUUGCGUACGGAUCCAAUGGCAGUGGAUCUCAUAUCUAGCAACAGCAUCAUUUGGAGUCAUUGUGUUUUUCAUCGGGACGAUAAUCAUGACCCGGGCGACACUGGAAGUUAACGGCCAGGACUACAAAACAUCCAUCUUACCUUUGAUGUUUCAUGGGAUUGCUUUUAGGGAUCCUGAAGCAUCUUAUAAAGACCUUGGAUUCACGAGCGACAUGGCGGCAGAAGCCGAUAAAUUGUACGUCCAAUUUGAGGCGGCUGAAAGGGGAUGGCAGUUUGUAGAGAAAAAGGUUGCCUAG